UCACAAUGAAUAACAGUCAAUUUUAUUAUGCUUACUUUUCUUAAGACAUCCUAAAUAACGUAUGCAGCCUUCAAAUGCGACCUACGGAGGACGUAACCUCCGAAAUGAGACGCAGCUACUAUAGUAGGCUAUGUCUGCUUCUAUAAGCUGUAGGCUAUGUCUGCGUCCUUUAAAAGCUGCAGUCUUUCUCGCUCUUUCUCCCUCUCUCUCGCUCUCUCUCCGUUUUUGAUAUUGACACUUUGACAUUAAAUGUGUGAGUAGACGAGCCCUGAAGACGAUAGCUGCGGUGUGUGCGUGUGUGUGUGUGUGUGGGAGCGACGUGUAAGAAAGAAUGUCUCAAAGACCCGCCCGUAAAUGUUGUGAUCUUUAAAUGAUGAGCCAGUGGAAAUUCUCAUUUUAGUGCGCGUUUGCUUCGAGUCAGGACCACUACACAGAAAACAGAAGAAAUGUUGGCUGCUUUCAGGGGACCUUCAAGGAUUUUGCUAGUAUUUAGUCUAGUACUGAACUCCACUUUAGGUACUGACACUGGAUGUGAUGAUUGGAUUCUUAAUGGAAACGAUGAUGUCUGCUGCAAGAAAUGCAAGCCAGGGAACCGCCGAGUGGAAAAUUGUGGAAGAGACCCACAAAAGCUCUGUACCCCCUGUGGAAAUGGAACUUACAUCAACGAUGAUAAACCAUCUUGUUUGAGAUGUACCCAGUGCAUAGGAAAUCAGUUCGUAAGAGAACUUUGCACUAGCAGCAAAGAUACCGUAUGUGGAUGCAAGAAAGGAUAUCGGUGUGGGAACGAGAAAUGUUCCUUCUGUGUUGAUGAAUGCAAGGUGGGGGAGGAGCCCACAGAAGAACGAUCUUGUAGAAAAUGUCCUGAGGGAAAAUUCAAUGAUAAAAUCCACAGUGCGUGCAAAGAAUUGAGAAAAAGUUGUCCUGAUGGACAGACUUUGGUCAAAGGAAAUGUUACCAGUGACAGUACAUGCACAUAUUUAGAAGAACCUAUAAUCUUACCUACUGGGACAGAAAAUAAAAAUGGACAGACAAACUGGCUUCCAGUUUUCAUUGCUGCAGGGAUGGCUGGUUUGGCAGUCCUUUUUAUCAUAGGAUCCGUGGUUGCAUACGUAAAGGGACAAAACAAAACAGAGAAGAAGCCAAAAACCGAUACCCCUGACAAAGACCACUCAGACGUGUCCAGGAUAAUGAUUGUUGAGCAGGAAGACUGUAGUUUUCGUCAUCCAGAGCAGGAACAGGGCAGCAGCUCAGAGUCCAUCAAUACGCAAGACUCAGAGUCUAAACUCAUAGUGUGAGUUUACUGGACAGUAUUUUUUUUUUAUCUGAUUUUAGCAUUGCUACAGGGACAAGAGGACAAAAUCUCUGAAAAUCUGCUAAAUUGUGAAAUACAUACUUGACUGGGUGUCGAUAAGCCUUUCCAGUUGGUGUAUCAGUGAUUCAUUUCAACAAAAUGAGUUACAUUUGUUUUGAAGAACAAAAUGAACUUUCACGUCAGGGUGUCUGAAGUGUGGUGCACCUUAAUAACACAAAGAUGAGAUGUUAAUGUAGGUGUGCAGUAGCAGACAGUAUGUCAACACUUUUAUGAGAGUAGGCGUCAUCUACUGGUGCUUGCAUCACAUUUUCAGGUCAAAGCCCUCUUGAAAUACCCUGGUGGGCUUCCCCACUUUUACUAAAAGAGCACCAUUUUAAAAAAUUAUCUUUGGAUCAAGAACAAAGAGGAUAACAUGACCACAAAGAGACUGUUUUAAAUGGCAUGUUUUGCACUUUAACCAUUUUUAUUUAAUAAUAGUUCUUUGUCCAGUUGUUUUUAUUUCAAUUUUUUAUUGUCUGGAAAUCAGCAGAGAGUGCAGAGUAGUUUUUUGGUAGCUAAAUGUGGUUGACCAUGUCAUGUAGGAAGUGAACUGCUGAAACUAAACAUUUGACCUCAGGAUUUUUUUGUGCAUUUUACUGUUUUGUACAUUAGGAUUUAAAAAUAAGUUAAAUUGUCAACUCUUGCCUUUCUAAGCUCUGGGUUAAGAAAAUUAUGACUCACUGUUCAUUCAUUCACAAUUCAUUCUUUACUUGGGGUUAGGAAUUUACCCUGGGCAUUUAGGUUUCGACUCAAGGUUUCACAUGGCACAUGCUACAUUGGUUAAAACCGGGUUCAGUAUCAUUGGAUGAACGGUUUAAAUUAAAGCUUGUCUCGCUCAUAUGCAACAGUUUGGCUUAUUUAUUCCUGGAUGUACCAUCCGGUUUAUGCUAAAAUUAAAAUAGUCUCUUCACCCCAAUUAACACGUUUCCAUCACUGUUUGACAUUUACCUCUCAAACGCUGAAAUGAAAUAGAACGCUAAAUGUUGUGAUAACUCUAUAAACCGCAUAAGUAAUUAAUGAGGCGAGCGCUGUUUGUCUAUGAUUGGUUAUUGGCUGUUACGCUCUGACGUCGCAUCGUUUUACACGCAAAGAUGACAACUUGGUGUUAAGGUCAGUGUGAAAAGCAGUGUUGCAUGGUUUUACUGACAUGGUUUUACAUAUUUAAACUAAUCUAAAAGGACUGUUCAGUGGACUAUAUAUCCUGUAUAUCCUGCUGACUGAGUGGGAGUUCCCUGAUGACCAGAGUUGAAAAAUAUUUACUGUAUCUGUAAUGUUAUUAAUCUAGGAAUCAUGAUGAAUCAUUUUGCAUUCCAGUUUCAUUUUCCUCCCACAUCUAUACAUACGUGUACCAACGUGCUGAGCUCUGCAUCCACAAAAAAAAAAAAAAAACAUUACUUUGCUCCAAGGAGCUGUUUUCUCAGGGCGUUAUAAGCAUAACAACAGUAAUGGAAUAGGAGUGGAACAACUGGUGGGUGAGCAAUGUGAUAAUGGUGCUCGUCUUUAACGGUCAAAAAAAGGUCACCCUGUUUAAUGUCUCUUUAUGUGUCACCAUGGGUUUACUAUGUAAAGCCUUAUACUGGGUAUUCCAUUUUAUAAAACAGCUCUACCUCUUGUGUUAAAAAAAAAAAAAAAUCAUUUUUUUUUUUUUACACAGAGGUUUCAGUUUGUGGGAAGAGAAGGUCUCACUGGAAAUUUAUGUUUGAGGUGCUUCCCGCAGAGAUUUGCAUGAAUUUGUUGGUAAUUAGGGAAAGUCUUAACCUUUACCUACAGUUCAAAUUGAAUUCUACACAAUUUCUGCUGUAAAUGUAAAAUGUGUUUAUUGAUGUGAAUCAAGAAAGAUAUGGGUAUUAUAUAUAUAUAUAUAUACAUGUCUUCUGUACAAAGCAUUCAUUAAACUUUAUAUAAGCAAUAAAGGCCUACUGAUUCAUGACAA